UCGGAUUGAUCAAGACACUCACUCUGUACGGACGAAGAGAGUCAUCGAUCAGGUGGCAAAGCCGAGAAGAAUCACAAUCACGAGCUCCAGACAUUUCUAUGGUUCCUGAGAACGGCGUUAAACGGUGCGUUUUUAUGCCAACGUCGCACGAAGCCGCUUCCUUAGCUCUUCUAGUUCAAAAAUGCACCUCCGUGACGUCACUGAGACUGGCGCGUCAGCUCCACGCUCUCCUCCUGACCUCCUCCAUAGCCGUCGCCGCCGUAGUCCCUCACUCGCCGCCGUAUACUCACAACAACGUCCUCUCCAUGUAUGCGAGGUGCGGGUCCCUCGGCGAUGCGCGAAAGGUGUUCGACAAAAUGCCUCAGAGAAAUCUCGUCUCUUUCAACGCCCUCAUAUCCGCCUAUUCCCGCGCCCGAGACAACGCCGUUUCGGCUUUGAAACUGGGUAACCAAAUGACCGCUGAGUGUCAUAAGCCUAACGGCACCACUUUCACAAGCUUACUACAGGCUUCCUCUAGGCUUGAAGAUUGGUUUUUGGGCUGUUUGCUUCACGACCAAGUAAUGAAAUUUGGGUUCUCAAAUGACCAACGUGUUCAGACAUCUCUACUUGGAAUGUACUCCAAUUGUGGGGAUUUAAAGGCAGCGAGAAAAGUUUUCGCGUUGUUAGUUGACAAAGAUGUUGUUGCUUGGAACUCCAUUAUACUUGGGAACUUGAGGAAUGAUGAGGUGAAGAAUGGGAUUCAGCUUUUCUAUGACAUGUUGAGAACCGGGGUUAGUCCUUCUCAAUUCACGUAUUCGAUGGUUCUGAAUGCGUGUGGCACAUUGGGAGAUUAUCGAAUCGGACAACUUGUUCAUGCCCGGGUUGUUAUUUCCAACUCCCAAGCUGAUUUAACUUUGCAGAAUGCCCUACUUGACAUGUAUUGCAACUGCAGUAAUGCUCAGAUGGCGUUUACUCUUUUCAGGAGAAUGGGAAGCACUGAUUUGGUUUCAUGGAACUCGAUGAUCUCCGGGGUUGCGGAGAACGGAGAUGGGGAGAAGGCUAUGUGUUUGUUUGUCGAGUUAAAGGGUAUGUCUUUUGUUGAACCGGAUGAGCAUACUUUUGCAGCUGUUAUUUCUGCAACUUCAGGGUUCUUAGCAUCUGAGAUUGGGAAACCUCUUCAUGCUCAAGUUAUCAAAGCAGGCUUGGAGAAGAGUGUAUUUGUUGGAGCUACACUUGUUUCUAUGUAUUUCAAAAAUGGUGAACCUGAAGUUGCCGGAAAAGUAUUUUACUCAAUCUCCAAUAAGGAUGUCGUUCUAUGGACCGAGAUGAUCACGAGUUAUUCUAGAUUGGCGGACGGAAACAACGCAAUUAAAUUCUAUUGUCGAAUGUGUCGGGAAGGCCAUAAGGUUGAUUCCUUUGCUCUCAGUGGAGCUUUAAGUGCGUGUGCCGACCUUGCAAUUUUAAGACAGGGAGAGAUGAUUCAUUCUCAGGCUGUGAAAAUAGGAUAUGAGGCUGAAAUGUCUGUCUUGGGAAGUCUGGUAGAUAUGUAUGCCAAAAAUGGUGUCAUUGAAAAUGCUUGCACAAUCUUUUCUCGAGCUUUGAACCCUGACUUGAAAUGCUGGAACUCCAUGCUCAGCGGAUACAGUCACCACGGAAUGGUUGCGGAGGCAUUACAGAUUUUCGAUGAGAUUUUAAAACAUGGCUUGAAGCCAGACCAAGUAACAUUUUUGUCUCUCCUCUCAGCCUGCCACCACCGUGGAUUGGUCGAACAGGGAAAGCUCGUGUGGAACUAUAUGCUGGAAAAUGGCAUCACGCCUGGGCCUAAGCACUAUUGUUGCAUGGUGAGUUUGUUAAGUCGAAAUGGGUUAUUAGAUGAAGCAGAGGAAAUGAUUCUCAAAUCACCUUUUGGUGAGGAUAAUACUGAGUUAUGGAGAACUUUGCUAAGUUCGUGUGUCGUUAGAAAAAAUAUGAGGAUCGGAAUCAAAGCCGCAGAGCAGGUUUUGAGAUUGGAUCCAGAGGAUUGUGCAACACAUGUUUUGCUUUCAAAUCUCUAUGCAGCUUCCGGAGAGUGGAAUGGUGUUUCAAAGAUGAGGAGAAAGUUUAGAGGAUUGAUGUCGGAAAAGGAUCCAGGGUUAAGCUGGUUGGAGGCUAAGAAUAAUAUUCAGGUAUUCUUUUCUGGUAUUCAAUCACACCCAGAGCUUGCGGAAGCUCAAAUGCAAUUGCAUAGGUUACAAGGAAACAUGAUAAGAGCACAAAGAGAUGAAAUUGAUACAGCAUUUGCUUGAACUAGCAUGUAGAGACUUCACUUAUCUUCAAUACGAUUAUUUAGCGAUUAUGGUUUUUUUUUCUCGCUAUUGAAGUUAGCGAUUAUGGUUUUUUUUUCUCGCUAUUGAAGUGGGGGUGAAAGAUUGUUAACUCUCAACUUAAA